ACCAAGCAAAACCCCACACAGGGAUAACAGCAGUAGCCCCCCAAGCUGUUUUGCUGUGGCGACCAGCUCACACAACACGCUGGUUCUUUGUUGGGGAAGUGCCCCUGAUCACGAGAGGAAUCCAGGUGCCUUCACCGCGAGAGUUCAACACACGGGAGUCGCUGGGAACACGGGAAACAAGAAGCCGAGAGUCCUUUCCGAAGGCGUUCGAGAGAGCGGCGACAUUGGAUGCCAUUCCAGUGCCUCUCCGAAGACAUCGCCGCCGCCCCAGUCCCGAUGGAUGUCACCCCGACGCAGCGUAUGAUGUCGGCAUGCGCCGGAGUGCUGGCGACAAGCCUGGUGGUAACCCCGAUGGACGUGGUGAAGACGCGAGUGCAGGCGGCGCAGGCCGAGUACGUUAGCCAGCAAACGGCGUCCUCCCUCAACGCCGGGCGCUGCGGCAACGAGCACUGCUCCCAGUGCGCAGCGCCACAGGGCAGAACGUACACCACCUCCGCCAGGGCCACCCUGGCCGGCUUCGACAGCACGGCGACUAGCACGGCAAGGUUGGCACUAAAGGCGGCGGCAACGGCAGCGCCGCCACCGAGGUAUAGAGUACCGGCCCUACCCACCGGCACAGUGGCCGCGCUGAUGCACAUCGCGAGGUGGGAGGGUCCGCGCGGACUGUACCGGGGCCUGGACGCGUCCCUCGUCAUGGCGAUCCCCUCUACCGUGCUCUACUACACCGUGUACGACGACUUCCUGGCGCGGCUGGAGAAGGCCGGGGCGGGGAAUCUCGCCGCACCGGCGACGGCGGGAUCUAGCGCCCGCCUGCUCGCCACCGUGGUGAUGGCGCCGCUGGAGCUCGUGCGAACACGCGCGCAGUCGCACGGGGGGGGAGGGCCAGCAGCACCUGCUGGAGCUCAGAGGGCGGCGGCGGUUGCAACAGGACCGGGGAGAGGGGCGGGGUGGUGGGGCGAGAUACCGCUGGUGGGAUCGGUCGGGCGGGACCUGACGAAGGUUUUCCAGGAGGAGGGGAUGGCGGCGCUCUGGCGGGGGGUGGGGACGACAAUGUGGAGAGACGUGCCGUUCUCGAUGGUGUACUGGCUAGGUUACGAGAACCUCAAGGCUGGCCUAGGGUGUGGCAGGAAAGGGGGAGCUCCGGCGGCACCGGCGGCAGGGGGGGGAAGUCGGGGGACGGCGGGGCUCGCCGAGGAGAGAGGGUCGGCGGAUUUCUUGUUGAGAUCGUUGGUGGCGGGGGCGGUGUCCGGCAUGGUGGCGAGCCUGUUGACACACCCCUUUGACGUCGUGAAGACUCAGCGACAGGUGCUGGUGGAUGUGGUGCCCGAAUCUGGUUGCGAGCACCGGCCACCACGCCCGCCCCGGAGGGCACCUGGCACGUUCGAUGUCAUGCGAAAUAUCGUGGAGAGCAAGGGGCCGGCGGGGCUGUUUACGGGCGCGUUGGCGCGCGUGGGGAAGGUAGCGCCGGCGUGCGCGAUCAUGAUGAUCAGCUACGAGGCGGGCAAGCGUUUCUUCGGAGAGAGAAACGCGGCAGCAGCAGCUGCUGCUUCUUCUGCUACGGCAGGGACCACUUAAACCACUCUUGAUACGCACGUGGGGUCUAGGUCUCGAACCUUGUACGAUUCAAAGAAUGUACGAUUGACGUUCGUUUUUAGGCAGUGUAACGAGUGAAUUAUGCCGGUGUUUUGGCUGCCUGCAACACGCUGCGCGGCCGCUGUGUCUGAGGUUGGGCCGGGAUUAUUUUGUGCUUUCGACUGCCGCUUCUCUCCCGGCAUUGCUGUGUUUGCCGGAAACGCACGUAAUGCGAAAGGUGCUGCUCCCGUGUGUGUGUGUAUGCUUUAUCCUUUCAUUCCCGUCACUCGUAAAAAGUUGGCUGUCCGAGACGAAGGGCAGGGGGUAUUUUUCCAAGACUAUGAUUUCAGUGUACCUCAAGGUUGAGGAGGUUGGUUGUGAGAUGUGGAAACGGGCCGAUGGUGUGGCAUCCCAUGGUGUGGCAUGCACCGCCUGUCAAGUACGCAUUAUUCCUCGCCUUGAGGCUUCUAUUUCACUCGUUGUCCUUCGCCGCAGCUUGUGCGAUUUACUUUGUUUCUCAUGUGAGGUGUGCGCAGGCUAUAAUGCGCGUGGCUUUUCCCUCUUUUUUUCCCAAGGGUUCGGAGGACGGUACUUUGUAAAUUGCUCCACAAUUUUAAAUGUUGGAUAUUCGGUGAAGCCCUGAGUGGCGCGUCGUUCACUUGUUCCAUUUUGCAUAACGCACACACUACGACUUUCCUCAGGUACUACAAGUUCCGGCGUCAGGGAUGCGAGAUGCUGAUUUCUGGGCGUCCUUGCCGAUAUUCGUUGUAGUUUGAGCUCGCGUUUGCUCUAACAAUUUAGAGGUGCAAGAGGGUGAAAUAUGUCAGACUAUUUCUGUUCUAAAGCUCCUGUAUUCCUCUCGUGUGACCCCGGCUGAUAUGUCAGGCGGGAGCGUAUCAGUAUUGUAAAAACAGAUGAUAAUUUCUGGAAAUAGCGAAAGACAAGCGCUUCCCUGCCUGCCCAUGCUGGCUGGACAACGGUUGAUAUGUCUUUCUAAAGUAGUAGCUCAUGCUGGGGAUGCUGGCAACAGUAGCUCUCAUGCUGGCAAUGCGAAAUGCUGGAUCCCUUGGGCCGGAGAUGGUACCAAAGGCUGACAAUGCGACCCCCCUCUAUGCAUGUUCACUCUCCACGGCCCCCCCCUGCUCGCCUGCUCACUGUGCUCGUCGUGCGUUACACGCACGGACUGCACCUCCUGCUACCGCUGCUACCUCUUGUCUCCCGCGUACUCCCUUUCACACCACGAUGCAUGUGGUCUGCGCACCAGCGGUGCUUCUCCUCUCGCUCGUCACACAAGCCGGGGCCUUCGCCUUCUCCUCCGCUCCUUCCGAUUCAUGUUUCGAUGGGACUGUCAAAAACCGCAGGAGCAGCAACAGCGGGCGGCGGAGCUUAGCUAGCCGGCGCGCAGCUCUGAGGUGCAGCAGACGAGAGAUGCAGAGACACAGCAGAAAUGAUGGGUCGUUCGGCUUGUCGUCGUCGCGACAACACUGCAGGCAGGUGGGCCGACAGCUGUUGCGGCGGCAUGGCCUCGCCGUGCACCCACCAGCAGCAGCAACUGCAACUACGACGAGCAGGAGCAUGCACCACAAAGAUGCCAACGGCGAAGGGGAGGAGGAGGAUGGGCUCGACCAAGCUCGGCGACGACUACCACAGCAGCAGCAGC